AUGGCGACACCAUUCCUCAUCAAUUAUGACCCCUCCUCCCCCACCUCCGAUUCCGGACUCUCGCUGAAGCAGAUUGCUUACUUCGGCCGCGUCCUGGUCAAGUUCUCUGCCCUGGCUGAAGGAGAGGACUUCCUCCGCAAGAACCUGCGCUCGCUUGAUGUGUAUGUCGACGCGACCGAGAUCUCCUCUUCCGGUGACCUCGUCGACAUUCUCAAUGCCGGUGCGGCCAAAAUUUUGAUUACUUUGGAUCAAUUGACCACCUUAUCUGAGGAGCAAACCGUGCCUUCAUCCCGCCUUCUCGUCAUUGCUCAAUCAGACUCCCAACUCGAUACCCUCCAGCAAUGGAUUGGCACCAACACCGAGCGUAACGACGCUAGCGUUUGCACCGAGCCUGCUGCCGUCCCCGCCGCUGCCAAGAAGUUGAACAUAAGUUCUGACUCUCCCCGACUUUUCACACGUAUCGGCCAGACGGUUUCAGAAGAUGCUAUUUCCCAGGUCACAAAGCAGGGUGCUAUUGCCAUCAUCUCAUCACAGGCAUUGACCGCUGAGCGGGAUGUUGCCGGCAAGAUCUCUGCUGCCAAGCUUAUCGCAUCGCGGGCAGUGCCUGAUCAGGCAACCGGCCUGUGCUUGACCUCAGUUACCGAUGAACGGGGUAUUUCUCUUGGUUGUGUCUGGAGCAACGAGGAGAGUAUCGUCGAGGCCGUCCGCACCGGCACUGGUGUUUACAUGAGCCGAAAGCGCGGCCUUUGGUACAAGGGCCAGUCUAGCGGCGAUGUGCAGGAGCUGAUCCGCAUUGGGUACGACUGUGAUUGCGACUGCUUGGUCUUCACCGUCAAGCAGAUUGGACGUGGUUUCUGCCACCUCGGCACCGAGACUUGUUUUGGUCCCUCCGCGGGUCUUUCUCGUCUUCAAAAGACUCUGGAUGCUCGGAAGGCCGAUGCCCCCGCGGGAUCAUACACCGCUCGUCUGUUCAAUGAGCCCAAGCUCGUUGAUGCCAAGAUUAUGGAGGAGGCCGAGGAACUGUGCACAGCUCAGACCAAGGAGGAGAUUGCUGCUGAAGCUGCUGAUCUGUUCUACUUCGCUCUGACCAAGUGCACUGCUUCUGGUGUCAGUCUCGAGGAUAUUGAGCGCAACCUUGAUCUCAAGAGCUUGAAGGUCAAGCGCAGAAAGGGUGAUGCUAAGGGCCCAUGGGCUGAGAAGCUUGGUCUGACCAAGACUGAGUCAAAGGCUGCCCCUGCCCCUGCUCCUGCCCCCGCGCCAGUGGAUGACCGCACAUCUCGAAUCGAAAUGAAGCGUGUCACCACUGCUUCUACCAACCCUAAGGUUGUCUCAGACUACCUCAAGCGUCCUUCUCAAAAGUCCAACGAUGCCGUCGUUGCUAUGGUGAAGCCUAUCAUUCAAGACGUCCGUGACGGAGGCGACGCCGCUGUCCUCAAGUACACACAAAAGUUCGAGAAGGCCACUUCACUCACUUCUCCUGUCAUCAAAGCACCCUUCCCUGCUGAGCUCAUGAAGUUGACCCCUGAAGUUCAGGAGGCAAUUGACGUGAGCAUUGGCAACAUUGAUCGUUUCCACUCCGCGCAGAAUGGCAGCAACGCCACUCUCCGAGUGGAGACCAUGCCCGGUGUUGAAUGCUCUCGUUUCUCGCGCCCCAUUGAGCGUGUCGGUCUGUACAUUCCCGGCGGUACUGCUGUGCUGCCUUCCACUGCUAUGAUGUUGGGUGUCCCCGCCAUGGUGGCAGGCUGCAAGAAGAUCGUCCUGGCCUCUCCUCCCCGCUCAGACGGCAGCAUCUCCCCGGAGAUCGUCUACGUCGCCCACAAGGUCGGCGCCGAAAGCAUCGUUCUGGCUGGUGGUGCCCAGGCUGUGGCCGCGAUGGCCUACGGUACCGAGUCCAUCAGCAAGGUCGACAAGAUCCUGGGUCCUGGUAACCAAUUCGUGACCGCCGCCAAGAUGUUCGUGUCCAACGACACUUCCGCAGGUGUGAGCAUCGACAUGCCCGCUGGUCCCAGUGAAGUUCUCGUCAUCGCCGAUAAGACCGCGAACCCGGCCUUUGUCGCAUCCGACCUCCUUAGUCAGGCCGAGCACGGCGUUGACUCCCAGGUCAUCCUCAUUGCCGUCGACCUGAGUGAGAAGGAGCUUCUCGCCAUCGAAGACGAAGUCGAUGCUCAGGCCAAGGCCUUGCCCCGUACUGACAUUGUCCGCGGCUCAUUGGCCCACUCCGUUACCUUCGUCGUUCGCGACAUCAAUGAAGCCAUGGUCCUCAGCAACGAAUACGCACCUGAGCACUUGAUCCUGCAAGUUCAGAACCCCGAGUCUGUUGUCGAAGAUGUCCAGAACGCUGGCAGUGUGUUCAUUGGUCCCUGGACUCCCGAGAGUGUCGGAGAUUACUCUGCUGGAGUCAACCACUCACUUCCUACAUACGGAUACGCCAAGCAAUACUCCGGUGUCAACCUCGGCUCUUUCCUCAAGCACAUCACCAGCUCCAACCUUACUGCUGAGGGUCUGCUCGGUCUGGCUAAGACUGUUGAGACCCUUGCUGCCGUGGAGGGUCUGGAUGCGCACAAGCGUGCCGUGAGCAUCCGUGUUGCCCACAUGAACCAGAACAAGUCAUAG